GGAGGGCACAUUGCAUCUAGCAUGCAAUGGCCGAAUCAGAUUCAGAAAAGGGCAUAAAGCCCAGAAAUCCUCUCAUGGCGACAAUAACUAGCCCGUUCAAGACGGUCGUUUCGAAACCUGCCCAACGCGCAUACUUGGGGACGCUAUUCUUUCUAGUAACGAUAUUUGGACUUUUGGUCGUGUCCAUUGUAUCGUAUUGGGUCUUUUACUACAAUUUUGUACCUCAAAUUAGCUUGGAACGCGUGGUACACCUACAGUUUGGGCAUGGCAAUCCCUUCGGAACCGCCGUGAUUGGACCCGAACUGGCUCAUUCACAGGCCUACGAUAUUUCCGUCAUCCUCUGCCUUCCACGUUCUCCUGUGAAUCUUGCUGAAGGCAACUUUAUGGUGGACCUAGCUCUUUUAGAAGAGCCACAAGAUUUAGUUGCAAAUAUAUCCACCCCUGCAAUCGUGCGGUCUCGUAGGUCGGCUAUACUCACAUAUUCUUCCCCGUUGGUAGAGACUACACGAAGGGUUUCAAGAAUGCCAUUCUAUGUGUUCAAUUGGAAGCGUGAGGCGGAGGCAUUGACAAUAAAUAUGAUGGAACGGGUUGAAUUUCCAAAAGACAAGAAACAUAUCCCGCGGAGCUUGAGAUUGGAGAUCCAAUCCCGGGAACGUAUGCACUUUUACACGGCCACGGUUAGAUUUGAUGCAAGAUUUGCUGGGUUGAGAUGGUUGAUGUAUAACUGGAGGGUUUUGUCUUUCGUGACCUUUAGUUCAAUGUUCUGGCUCGCAUCGGUAGCCGCAACUUCUGCUGUUUGGUUGGGAUUAAAUUCUGUGCAGCAGCAAACACAGAUAAAACCAAAAAUUGAGAAGACGGACUCUGAGGAUGAUGAUGUGUCCAUCAAGGAGGAAAGCGACGACGAGGACCACUUCCGCGUCCCAACAACCCCGAGAGGGAAAAGAGCUGCCGAUACAGCAAAGGCCAUAAAGGAAGAAGAGGAAAUUGAAGGGUCCGCCAUGAUCGAGCCACUGGCGCCCGAGACCUUCGGUGCUACUGCUGAAACUGGAGGUGCCAGCGCAAGCACGCAGUCCAGGCGAAGGUCUAGUCUGGACACCCAGGAAUAUGGACGCUUGCAGCAGCGGAAAGGCCGCCUCCCUGAUGAUCAGGAUGAAAGCUAAUAUCCUCUUCUUUUGUAUGCAUCCAAAUGCAUAUAUACAUAUAUUCCUAGGUCGACAAUUCUAAACAUUUAUGUCAUAACAUUUAAUUCAGGGACUUUAAAGG